AUGCAAUUCUUCGAUAUUACAAAUAUAGAAAAGAAUGUUUAGAAUUAAAAAACUAAGAGUAUUUUGUAGGUUCCUAAGAGUCCAAAGAAAAAAAAUUAGUUAAACUAUAUGGAAAUGAAUAAUUUUAAAUUUGAUUGGAUAACUUUAGAUGAAGAAGAAUAAGAAGUUAUGAAGUAAGAUAGUCCAAAAACUUAUAACUUUACUAUUCAAGAAUAAUUCUUAUGGUUCUAAAAUGGUCGUACACAUUCUGCUUAUCCAUUAAAAAUUGAACACGGGAGUGUAAUAUUUAUAUUAAUAAUUAUAUCAUAUAGUUUGUUGAAUCUUUGAAGAGACAUAAAAUUGAUGAAUAUAAAAGACAUAGUCUAUUAUGUUGGAUGGGUUAUGUGAUGGGUAGUUAUGAGAGUGCAUCAAAUGAAACUUAUUUUUUAGCAAUCUCAAUUUUAGAUAAAUUUUUAUAGUAAUCUCCUUAUGUGCUGACAAACUAAGAACUAUUAGCUAUUGGAAUUUGUUGUUUGAGUCUUGCCUCAAAACAUAAAGAUGCUUUACCUUUAACAUCAUAAUAAUUAAUUUAAUUAAGUAGUGAUAAAUUAAAUGAAAAUAUAUUGAUAAAAUGCUAAUUUACUAUUUUAAGCACUCUUCAAUAUUAAAUUUAAGUUCCUAAUUACUUUCAAAUUUUUGAUUACAUUAUGAGAGAUUUAGAAUAUAGAUAUUACAAAUCUAUAUCAUCAGAUAUUAUUACUAAUUCAUAAGUUUGUAUGAAGUUAAAAGCUAUAUAUAAGUGUAGUUUACAAUUAUUAAGAUUUGUCUCUUAAUACUAUGAUUCUACUAUAUUUUCUUAAAGUGCAGUAUCCUAUGGAUCUAUCUUUUACACUAUAAAAAGAAUGGAACUAUUGAAAUUUUCAAUCCCCAAUGAUCUAAUUAAGGUGCUCUAAUAAAUUCAAAUAGACUUAGAAAUUAAUAAUACUGAAAUUGUAUUAAAAUAUAUUUAUCGAUUAUGUUAAAAUGGAAUGUCUGAAAAAUAAUAAGAAUUUUUUAGGCAAACCAUUUUUAAGUAUUGA